UAGUUGUGUAAUAAAAAAUAUCGCUGGCCGCGCCGUGCGCCGAUGGAGAACGUUCACCGAGAAUAUCAAAAGAGGGCGCACUCCAUACGGCGCGUGGGAUCUGUCAAAAACGAAGCUUUAAAGGGAACUAGAACUGAGGAAGCAGGAAGGUGGCACUUCUGUCUACGUGAACUUCAUCAGCUGUCUCUCAAGUUCCACUCCUAGCUUAAGCUAUCGCUCGUGCCUGACUGUGGAAAAGGAGUCGACUAUGCACUGGAAUGAUUUCUGCGGUGGUUGGCAACUGUGGGAGCCAUCUCUGCUGAACUCCACCCGUCCUGAUCUGUCACCUUGCUUUGAGGAGACGGUCCUAUCAUGGCUGCCUCUCGUCUUCCUCUGGGCCCUGGCGCCGUUCUACUUGUGCUACAUGCAGAGGCACGACCGAGGUUGCAUCCGGGUCUCCUGCUUGCACAGGACCAAAAUGCUCUUGACUGUUCUUUCGAUUAUUGUCCCCCUGGUUGAAGUCUGUUUCACAGUGGUUCAGAUAUUCAGCUCACCCGAGGGGACCGCACCAGUAUAUCUUGUAACACCAGCAGUUAUUACAUUGACCAUGAUGCUGGUGUUCUUCAUCAUCCACACCGAGCGGAUCCGGGGCAGGCACACCUCUGGAAUCCUCUUCUGCUUCUGGCUGUUGCUGGCAGUCUGCUUCGUCCCAGAGUUCAACUCCAAAAUCAUUCUUGUCUCCGAGGAGACAGAUCAGGAUAUGUUCCGUGUAGUCACUUUCUUCGUCUUCUAUGCCCUGGUCCUAGCCCAGCUCGUGUGUUCAUCUAUAGCAGACGACCUGCCUCUGUAUUCCCCUGUCAGAUCGGAUAGGGUAAGCACCACUAUUCUUUUCCUAGCUUUCCAUGACGAUGGAUAGUAUUAUUAUAUAAUAUUGGAUGGCUUUGAG